GCUGCCCCGGCUCAUACGUUUGGAGAGAACGCACCUAUACCUCAUCAGAGAACGGCACAUCUUCAUUCAUAGCACGUGGGUAUUCAUCGCCGACACGCUGUAAUCGAUGUCAGUCCCCAUCAGAGCAUUCAGUUCCAAAAACGAUUCCAGCUUUACUCAAGAUCAAGACCGAGACUGAACUCAAGUGGAAUGCAAAUUUAAAGUUCUCAGCGGGAACAAAACUUACAUAACAGUGGUAAGCUUACAUAACGGUCGGAGUGGCGUUGGCCGUAAUUGCAGUUCUCGGAAAAGAAAGAAAGAAGGUAUUGAAGUAGAAGAAGUACUUUCUGAAAGCCAAAGGAUCUCGAAACUGAAGAUGGAUCCAGCGCUAGAAGUGCUUUAUCCUACAGAACACCCCCUCAUUGAGCACAGCACGGACACCUAUUCCGUACAAAGUUUCAACAUGACUUAUUGCCUACACUUCUUCUCCCAAUUCUACAACCACACCGCUUCUGAGACGUACGGCUUUCAGGAUAUCCUCUCACAGAUCCCGCCGUAUUGCCAGCAGCUUCUACUGGAGACCGCCGCCAUGGACAGCCACGUCAUGCACCAGGACUUUGAGUUUACGGACACCGAUCGGGCUUCGUCGGUCAUCCGAACAGUCCUGGGUAUAGUGUACUCUCUCGUCAUGGCUGUAUGUGGGAUCGGGAACCUGCUCCUCUUCGCAGUCAUCUUCUGCUACAAGAAGAGCCGAAGCGCCACCAACAUGUUGAUCAGUAACCUCUGCUUUGCUGACUUCUUCGUGGCGGUGUUCUGCAUCCCGCUGCAGCUGGAUUACUACGUCAUCAGGAACCAGGCCUGGGUGUGGGGAGGCUCCAUGUGCAAGGUGGUGUCCUUCAUCCGCAUGAUGUCACUCUACGUCUCUACCAACACGCUACUGGUCAUCUCUAUCGACAGAUGCCUGGUGGUGAGAAGGCAGUUUAACGGUAAGAAGACGAGGCGGAGUGUUGCUGUGGUGUUGGCGGUGGUGUGGACAGUCUCAGCCCUUGUAGCUCUCCCCUCGGCCCUCUACGCCAAGAUCCACCCUCAGCAGAACGGAAACAACAUGUUCUGUGGGCAGGCGUGGCCUGUGAGCCAGAUGUUUGCCUACAAGGCGUACUUCAUGUUCCUGAUGAUGAUGAUUAUUCUAUUCUAUCUCUACUUUAGAUCCACCCUCAGCAGAACGGAAACAACAUGUUCUAUCCACCCUCAGCAGAACGGAAACAACAUGUUCUGUGGGCAGGCGUGGCCUGUGAGCCAGAUGUUCGCGUACAAGGCGUACUUCAUGUUCCUGAUGAUGAUUAUUCUAUUCUAUCUCUACUCUAGAUCCACCCCCAGCAGAACGGAAACAACAUGUUCUAUCCACCCUCAGCAGAACGGAAACAACAUGUUCUGUGGGCAGGCGUGGCCGAUCCACCCUCAGCAGAACGGAAACAACAUGUUCUGUGGGCAGGCGUGGCCGAUCCACCCCCAGCAGAACGGAAACAACAUGUUCUGUGGGCAGGCGUGGCCAAUCCACCCUCAGCAGAACGGAAACAACAUGUUCUGUGGGCAGGCGUGGCCUAUCCACCCUCAGCAGAACGGAAACAACAUGUUCUGUGGUCAGGCGUGGCCAGUGAGCCAGAUGUUCGCGUACAAGGCGUACUUCACGUUCCUGAUGAUGAUUAUUCUAUUCUAUCUCUACUCUAGAUCCACCCUCAGCAGAACGGAAACAACAUGUUCUGUGGUCAGGCGUGGCCAGUGA